GGCCUUCUCCACAGGGAGGUACAGCGCGCCUGCGCGCGGGCCUUGCUGGGUUGCCUGUCUGCCUGUAGACUGCUGUCCUCAGUGCGCUGCCCCUGUGUGCGUUCGUGACUGACUGAUUGAUACAGCCCGGGUGGGGGCGAGGAGAGACUCAGCCCGCGGACAUGGGUCCUAAAUCACUGCUGUGGCGGCGGCGGCGGUGGCGGCGGCUGAGUGCCUGAGGGGGAGCCCCGGCCGGGGGAGGGAGAGAGGCAGGGGCGCUGCUGUGUGCGGUGUUGACGGUGUUUUUAACCCUUAGAUGGUCUCCAGCGAGCCGCUGCUGCUGCCUGUGUCACUGGAGGGCGAGUUCUCCAAUAGCAUGAAGGAGAUGAUCGGCGGCUGCUGCGUGUGCUCCGACGAGAGGGGCUGGGCCGAGAACCCGCUGGUAUACUGCGACGGGCACGGCUGCAGUGUCGCAGUGCAUCAAGCUUGCUAUGGAAUUGUUCAAGUACCUACCGGACCUUGGUUUUGCAGGAAGUGUGAAUCUCAGGAAAGAGCAGCCAGAGUGAGAUGUGAAUUAUGCCCUCAUAAGGAUGGUGCUUUAAAGAGAACAGAUAAUGGGGGUUGGGCUCAUGUGGUUUGUGCCCUGUACAUUCCCGAGGUGCAGUUUGCAAAUGUUUCUACAAUGGAACCUAUCGUGUUGCAGUCUGUUCCUCAUGAUCGUUAUAAUAAGACAUGCUAUAUUUGUGAUGAACAAGGCAGAGAAAGCAAAGCAGCAACCGGUGCGUGCAUGACAUGUAACAAACAUGGAUGUCGACAAGCAUUUCAUGUAACAUGUGCACAGUUUGCAGGUCUUCUUUGUGAAGAAGAGGGUAAUGGUGCAGAUAAUGUCCAAUACUGUGGCUACUGUAAAUACCAUUUUAGUAAGCUGAAAUAUAAAGAAAAAGACAAACACAAACAAAAAUACAAGAAGCAAUCUGAGUCUUCACCAUCUUUGGUUCCAUCUCUUACUGUAACUACAGAGAAAACUUACACAAGCACUAGCAACAAUUCUAUGCCAGGCUCCUUGAAGCGGUUGGAAGAUACCACAGCUCGAUUUACAAAUGCAAAUUUCCAGGAAGUCUCUGCACAUACUUCAAGUGGAAAAGAUGCUUCAGAGGCUAGAGGGUCAGAGAGCAAAGGGAAGAAAUCUGCAGGUCACAGCUCAGGUCAGAGGGGAAGAAAGCCUGGUGGUGGAAGGAAUCCAGGAACAACCGUGUCAGCUGCUAGUCCUUUUCAGCCAGGCAGUUUUUUGGGGACUCCUGGCAGUGUAAAAUCGUCUUCUGGAAGUUCAGUUCAAUCUCCCCAGGAUUUUUUGAGUUUUACCGAAUCAGAUCUGCGUAAUGACACUUACACUCAUGCCCAACAGACUUUGUCAACCAAAGAUGUACAUAAAGGAGAGAUGGGAAACCAGGAAGGGAGUGUGAAUUGUUUUAGUUCCUUAAUUGUUCUCCCUUCAACCUCAGCCGUUGUUUCCCAGUCUAAAAACUUUGACAGCUCACCUGGAGACUUAGGUAAUACAAGCCUUACUUCAACAGGAUACAAGCGAGUCCAAACUUCUGGGAUAGAAGAAGAGACUGUAACAGAAAAGAAACGGAAAGGAAAUAAACAAAAUAAACAUGGGCCUGGUAGGCCCAAAGGGAAUAAAAGUCAGGAGAGUAUUUCCCACCUAUCAGUUUCUUCUGCUUCUCCAACAUCAUCUGUGGCAUCUGCUGCAGGAAGUGCAACAAGCUCUAGCCUUCAGAAGUCCCCAACAUUGCUCAGGAAUGGAAGUUUACAAAGUCUUAGUGUUGGAUCAUCUCCAGUUGGUUCAGGUAUUUAUAACAGCAAUGAUGUAGCAGUAUCAUUUCCUAAUGCGGUAUCUGGCUCAGGAUCUAACACUCCCAUUUCCAGUUCUCAUUUACCUCAGCAGGCUUCUGGUCACUUGCAGCAAGUGGGAGCUUUGUCACCUUCAGCUACAUCUUCUGUAACUACUGUUGUUGCAACAACUCAGGCAAACACCCUACCUGGAUCUUCCCUCAGUUUGCCUCCAUCCCACAUGUAUGGCAAUAGGCUGAACCCUAAUUCAGCAAUGGCAGCACUUAUAGCUCAGUCUGAAAACAGUCAAGCAGAUCAAGAUCUUGGAGAUAAUACUCACAGCCUUGUUGGCAGGGGAGGUUCACCCAGAGGAAGUCUCUCACCACGAUCUCCUGUAAGCAGCUUACAGAUUCGCUAUGAUCAGUCAGUGAACAGCAGUGUGGAAAAUUUGCCCCCGGUAGCUGCCAGCAUUGAACAGCUUUUGGAGAGGCAGUGGAGUGAAGGCCAGCAAUUUUUGCUAGAACAGGGCACCCCUAGUGACAUUCUGGGAAUGCUGAAGUCAUUACACCAACUUCAAGUUGAAAAUCGACGGUUAGAGGAACAGAUUAAGAACCUGACUGCUAAAAAGGAGCGCCUCCAGCUAUUAAAUGCACAGCUUUCAGUUCCCUUUCCAACAAUAACUUCAAACCCUAGCCCAUCUCAUCAAGUACAUGCAUUUCCAGCACAAGCUGCACCUAGCACUGAUUCCUUGAACAGCAGUAAAAGCCCUCAUCUGGGAAACAGUUUUUUACCUGACAAUUCUCUCCCUGUAUUAAACCAGGAGAUAACCUCCAGUGGACAGAGUACCAGCAGUUCAUCAGUUCUUUCCACUCCACCACCUGCUGGGCAGAGUCCUGCUCAGCCAGGCUCAGGAGUUCAACAGGUCAAUGGUGUGACAGUGGGGGCACUAGCUAGUGGUAUGCAGACUGUAACAUCCACCAUUCCUGCAGUGCCUGGUGUGGGUGGAAUAAUUGGAGCAUUGCCAGGUAACCAGCUGGCAAUCAAUGGAAUUGUAGGGACUUUAAAUGGGGUGAUUCAGACCCCUGCCACAAUAUCCCAGAAUCCUUCUCUCACUCAUGCAGCUGUGCCACCUAAUGUAUCACAUCCUCUGCCAACAACACUAAAUAACAGUGCCUCGGGACUAGGAUUACUUCCUGACCAACAGAGACAACUUCUGCUCCAUCAACAGCACCAGCAAUUUCAGCAGUUACUGAGUACUCAACAACUCACAUCAGAACAACAUCAGGCCCUUCUGUAUCAGCUAGUGCAGCAACAGCACCAUCAACACCAACACCACCAGCCUGAAGUGCAGCAAUUGCAGAUCCCAGGAGUAGCACAGAUACCCAUAAAUAACCUGCUUUCAGGCACUCAAGCAUCAUCCCUUCAUACAACUACUACCAACCCAUUUCUUACAAUUCAUGGGGAUAAUGCAACUCAAAAAGUGACAACACAGUCAAAUCACCAAUCACAAUUGUCAGUGUUUCACUUGGUAUUUCCAUGUAAUGUCUUAAAUGAGUAAAAAGUAAGUACUUAUGUCAGCUGACAUAUUGCCUUGCCAGAGCUUUGUGUCUAGCCACUGUCACUUUCUUGUCUCCUGCAUUAGCAUGAUGAUAUGAGCCUCCUUGUGUGCUGCUCUAGGAGCUCCCAUGUACAUGCGCUCCUAGACACUGAGUGGAACAAGUAUACCUGCUGCCAUUUUAUAGAUUUUGUUUACUGUUAUGGAACUUUCAUUUAGGAAAUUAAAUAAUUUUAAUAUACUUAAGAUCUAUUCAUUUCCCCAUAGCCUUUUAAAUAAUUGUUUUAAUUGAGGCCUGACUUACCUUUUAGAUUAAUUUAUUGUCCUAAUCACAAAUAAAUACAGUAUGGAUGUGACACAUCCAGAAAUCUGGGAUUUUCCCAGAUAUAGAAUAGCCGUUGUCAGUACCUGCAGAUACAAUAUAAAUCCUGAUGGUCACUAUGAAAGAGGGGACAGAAGACAUGAAAAGAAUGGGCACAGAGAGAGAGAGAGAGAGUGUGUGUGUGUGUGUGUGUUAGAGAGAGAACUUCUGGCACCAGGGAAGGGUUGGUAGGGGGUAGAAAGUGUAUGUUGUGUGGCUCCAGAAACAGUGAUUGGGAAGGGGUAUUUCUGUGGUGAGAGGUUUUUGGGUCCUUAGAUGGAAUUGUUUUGACAUCGUGAAAAUCCCCUUCCCCCUCUCUCCAUGAAGCCUGGCAGAUCAAAAGCAGCAGGAAAUACAAAGCAGGGUUAGAUGGCCCCAAGGAGAGAUCAGUAGUUUGGAUCUGUUUCCUGAUGGUAAUUUUGGAGGUCUAAAAUACCUUUGCUGUAAUUACUUUCUUCUUUCCAAAGUUUUGUUUCCAUGUUGUGUGAAUACUUUUAUUUAAAAUCCAAACAUUUUGCUAAAAUCAUGACAAAACUUCUACAUUUGAUUCUUUAGCAUAACUAUCUAAUCUUAUUCACUUUUGUGUCCAGACUGUAUUCCAGUCAUGCCUUUUCAUUUAAAUGUAGAAGUUGUAGAAUUUAGCAAAUCUAAAAUACUGUCUGGUUGUACAAGUGUGUUUUUUUUUUUACCACAGAGGCUUAAUGAUAAAACUGGAUCGGUUGCACCUGAAAAAAGUUGACAUUUGAAUAAUAUUUGAGAACUGCAUAUCCUGCUAUUAUAGCACUUCAUCUAGCUGCGAACUGCGGAUCUUCCUUUCUGCAGAUAUGAAGAAAUGCAACAAGGACCUAACUGCACAGCAAAGGAUUAAUCUUCAUAAGGACAUUUUUCUAAGGCUCUGAUCUACUUUCUUGUUGCACUGAAAUGGAACUACUUCUUCAGAUUUAACAGACACUGCAAGAAAUCAAAUUCUGCAAACCAUAAUUAUUUUGUCAGUAUGACAAUACUAAGUACAAUUACACAUUCAACCCUGGAAAAUAUUCUACUUGAUGCUCAAGUAGUAGUUCUUAUUAUACAGCUGGAGGACUAGUAAACUGAAAAUACUUAUUCCAGUCACACAUUACUUGAUUUCAGAACAGGAGUCUUAGCAAACAAACCAACCUUAUCUCUGCUGCAAUUGCAAAUGCUUUCAGACCCAGUUUGUAAUUGGCAGUGUGGAUUUCCUGUUAGGUGUUUUUGGCUUUUUAAAACAUUUUGAAAUCUGACUCAUGAUAUAAGGAAUCCAAUUCUGAACUUGUCACUCCAUCAAAUUUCUACUGACUAUAGAGUGAAUUUUGCCAGAAUAAGAAUUUCAGGGUAGAGUCCAAAGGUUAUUAACAUUAAUUUGGGUUUUGUGAGUUCUAAGGUUGCUGGACAAACCAGAUCAGUUUAAAUGGAAUUUUUUUUUUUUUUUUUACCAGAUGAGAAGGCCACUUUGGAAAGUACUGGUAGUGUUUGGCCUAAACUAAGUGCCUGUUGCUACCUCCAUUGUGUUGAAAUGGCUGCAGACAGCUGAGCAUGCACUAGACAAGUCCUUGUAAGCAGCAGAAAUAUUCAACAUUGCACCAGCAGCCUUCCCCAUUGUUCUGCCUUUAUUAGAAGUGUUUAAGCCACUGUAGAUAGCUCAGGCAAAUUGUUACCUGGGUCACUUUUCACUAAUAAAUUACCAAAAAAAGCGAGUAGAUAUUUAAACAUUUCCCAAUGAAAUAUACCAGUGGUUGAAACGGUUGAGCUUAUUGUUCGAACAUUUUCACUUAGGAUAGAUGAUUUCUUGGCAUGACCCUAUGGAGUGUAGAUAAAAAUUGGGAUAAUGACCACUAAUCUGUAUUUAGAAGUGUAAAUUAUUAGUGGAAAAUGACCCAGCUGUAAUUAGACCUCCACUGUGUACUUAAUUGGAAGAACAUGUUAAUUCUGCAAUAUGUCUCUUGGUUAGACAUUGCACAGUUCUUACCUCAUUUCUGUAAAUAAGGUUUUUGUGAAUCUGUUUUGUAUUGUGAGAAAUUCAUAAGAAAACAUUAUUUUGAUUUGUAAUAUUUCUAAUUGGUAGAUUUAAUCAAAUAAUUUAUUUUUAUAUGUUCAGGGGGAUUUUAAAAAAUUGUCACAAAUCACUUUUGUGGAUACUUUACAAAAGUAAAUCAGUGUGGUUUAUUUUACUUAUUUAACCCACUGGUUAAUAUUCUGUAACAAUUUGUACAAAUGAUAAAAUUAAAAUGUGCUGUUAUUUUGCUUAGAUGUAAAAUUCCAAGAGUAUGAAAAGAUAUGUACAGAGCUUUUGUUAAUAAAUUUUAAUAAUGUUCAUAGUGGUACACUUCACAGCUGUAUGAGAGAUUCUUAUAGAAGUUGGAGGAUAUUCUGUCCUUCCAGUUCUGUUAAUAUUCCAUGACUGGCUGGAUUUUAGUACUUGUUGCUACUGUAAUAAUCAUAUCAAAUUAUACUAAAGUUAUUAUUUACAACAACCA